AUGAAGCUGACCCUGGUCCAGAUGUUCUUCAUGCUGCUGCUGCUGCUGCUGGGCGUGGGGAUGGGCCUGGGGCUGGGCCUCCGGAUGGCCGCAGCAGUCCUGGAGGACAGCGGGCAGUCGCUGAAAGAGUUUUGGUCUGGUGACUUUCAGGACAGAGUCGAGGCCACCGAGAAGGCAGCUCAAACCACAGCAAGUCCGGAGAUGAGCCACACGCGAGUAAAACAACCUGGCUGGCCAGAAGAGGGCACGGGCAGGACGGAGGAGUCUGCAGGGGACAGGAUGCUCAGAGCGGAGGCCCCCUCCCGCAGCCACAACCAGUACCUGAGAUUUGACUUGCUGUCCAGGGACUGCAACACCAUGAUGGCCGAGAAGGUGAAAGAGAACAACCGCAGCUGCAUCUCGCAGUACAUUUUCAUCCACGAGGAACCCAAGACAGUCAAAGCCGUCUGCAAAACUCCCACCGUGGCCUGUGAAUCCAAGAAUGGCAAAUGUCACAAAAGCCCACGUCCUUUCAACUUGACCUUCUGCAAAUUAUCCAAACCAGGCCAAGUUACUCCCAACUGCCAUUAUCUCACUUUUGUUCUGGAGAAGCACAUUUUUAUGACUUGCAAUGACCAGAAGGUCCACAUAGCGCCAUGA